AGCAAGAGUCAUCUUAUGAUGACAAGCUAGAUAUUCCCAGUGAAAAUGCAACACCACUUAACUUUUCUGAAUCUGAAAGUACUUUUGCUGCUAUUAAUACUUAUGAAUCUAUAGAUAGCAAACCUGUUGUAGACUCAGCUGAAACCAUUAUUGAAGUUAAGGAGAACCAAUUCAAUGUUGAACCAGGAAACACACUUGAUGAUGAUGCUAAGUGGCUUCAUCUUAAUACUGAGCAGCAGGAUGAAAUAACCAACCCAAGUGGCAGUAGAGGUUCUUCUAUUUCGAAUAAAUCUGUUGCUGAUAAUGAGACUGAAACUGUAAGUGUUACAGUCAAUCCUGAGUCAAAUAGCAUUGUUUCAGUUCCUGAGUUUUCUCCUCGUGAUGAUCAAGAGAAUGCUCUAUCAACUUCAGCAAAAGAAAACUGAUGUGCGUAGAAAUGAUAACGAUGAAGUCCGUGCUAGAUCCCUUUUCUCUGCUCCAGGUAUUCCUGCUCCAACAGUGGUUUCUGCAGCUUCACAAAUGCUUCCAGGAAAGGUUUUGGUUCCUGCAGCUGUUGAUCAGGUUCAGGGGCAAGCACUAGCUGCAUUGCAAGUUUUAAAGGUUAUUGAGCCUGAUGUUCAACCUAGUCACUUAUGCACACGUCGUGAAUAUGCUCGGUGGUUGGUGACUGCUAGCAGUGCUCUAUCAAGGAAUACAAUUUCGAAAGUGUAUCCUGCCAUGUACAUAGACAAUGUUACUGAGCUUGCAUUUGAUGAUAUCACCCCUGAAGACCCUGAUUUUUCUUCUAUUCAAGGUUUGGCAGAAGCUGGACUUAUUGAAAGCAAGCUUUCAAGACGUGAUAUACAGUUGUCUGCAGAUGAAGACGGUGGCCCAUUUUACUUCUCUCCUGAAAGCCCUUUAUCACGCCAAGAUCUUGUAAGUUGGAAAAUGGCCCUGGAGAAGAGACAGCUUCCUGAAGCUGACAGAAAGACACUGUACAAACUUUCCGGGUUUAUCGACACUGAAAAGAUACACCCUAAUGCUUGUCCUGCACUAGUAGCUGACCUCUCUGCUGGUGAACAGGGUAUUAUAGCUCUUGCAUUUGGGUGGGGUGGGGGUACUCAAGGUUAUACACGAUUGUUUCAGCCAGAGAAACCAGUAACCAAUGCCCAAGCGGCUGUUGCCCUUGCUACCGGAGAUGCUUCUGACGUAGUCAGUGAAGAGCUUGCACGCAUUGAAGCAGAGUCUAUGGCUGAAAACGCUGUUGCUGCACAUAGUGCUUUGGUAGCUCAGGUUGAGAGGGAUAUCAAUGCAAAUUUUGAGCAGGAGCUUUUAAUAGAGAGGGAAAAGAUCAACAAUGUUGAAAAAAUGGCCGAGGAGGCAAAACUAGAGUUGGAAAGGCUAAGAGCCGAGAGAGAAAACGAAAAUAUUGCUUUGUUGAAGGAACGUGCUGCUAUUGAAUCAGAAAUGGAGGUCUUUUCAAGGUUAAGGCGCGAGGUUGAGGAUCAAUUACAAAGCCUUAUGAAUAACAAAGUUGAAAUAGCUUAUGAAAAAGAGAGGAUCAACAAGCUUCGAGAGGAAGCUGAAGUCGAAAACAAAGAGAUUGCCCGUUUACAGUAUGAGCUAGAGGUUGAAAGAAAAGCCUUGUCCAUGGCCAGGGCUUGGGCAGAGGAUGAGGCGAAACGAGUUAGAGAACAAGCAAAAGCUUUAGAGGAGGCUAGAGACCGUUGGGAGAGGCAUGGAAUCAAAGUGGUGGUCGACAAUGAUCUUCGUGAGGAAGCAUCUCCUGGAGUUACAUGGCUCAACGCCGGAGAACAGUUCUCCGUUCAAGGAACAGUCAACAGGGCUGGUAGCUUAUUGGACAAGCUCAAAAAAAUGGCAGCAGAUGUCAGAGGAAAAUCUAGAGAAACAAUUGAUAAGAUCAUCAACGUGAUUUCUGUAUUCAUAUCAAACUUGAGGGAAUGGGCAUGCAAAACUCGAAAACAGGCUGAAGAAUUAGGAGAAGCCACCAUAUCAAAGGCAGGUAAGUCAGCUCAAGAGCUGCAGCAAGGUGCCGUCGAAUUUGGAUAUGCUGUCAAAGAAGGUGCAAAGCGAGUUGCUGGCGAUUGUAGAGAAGGAGUUGAGAAACUCACUCAAAAGUUCAUCAAGACCUGACCCUUCCCUUCUUUGCAUCUCCAAAGUUUUCCAAGCAUAGAGUUACUUAUUGGGCAAGGUUGUAGUUUUCUUUGGUUUUUCUUUUUCCAAUGCUUCAUCAGAGAUGGUUUACCAGCUGCAGAUAAAAAUGCCUUCCAAAGAUCACAACAUAUUCAUGUGAAUCCAUGAUUGUAUAAGUGAGACUUGUAGGAAUUUUAGUUGAGAAAUAAUGGGUUGCAACUCAACAUUUUGCCUUUCGUGUUCAACAUGUGCAGUGCAUUCCACUUAUAUGUGAAAAUAAAGGAAUUAAACCAAAGGCCAAAUUUUGACAUGUG